ACCAACAUAGUCUCUUGAAUAUUAAAACUUGGUUGCUUUUAGUUCCAGUCUUCAGAGUUCCUGCAAUCUUUUAUUAGUUACUCCCCACUUGUCUGUUUUCUUUUUGCUAUUAUUAUUCUUUAUCACGUCUACAUAUAUUCUUAUACUUAUCCACUAGUUGACUUCUAAGUUUUGUUUAGUUUUCCCCUGAUUAUAGGGUUGUUCAUAAGCUUGUGAUUAAUUACUAGGUGAGAGAGGGCUGAUCAGUUGUUCAACGUGAAAAUGAGCACAAAGAUUAGGAAAGAAAGCAGAAUUAAGAAGUACAUAAAAGCACCCAUCAGAGUUCUGAUUAAAGCCAGGGACUGCUAUGUCCGAAGCAUGGCGGAUUGUUCUGGCAGAAUUGGCUAUGGCAGUAUAAGCUCAUGUCCUGCAGUUCCACAACUAUCCUCUUUGCCCAGAAGUGUUAGCGUCAACUCUUCUGUGUCAAGUGGAGAUGAAGACUUUAGGGAGCUGAUGCGAAUUGCUUCUAAAAAGAGUACACUUGUAAACAAAAUGGAAUUAGAAAAUCUGAGGCGACAAUCCCCAAUUAAAAUUGAGGUGAAUAUGAAUGUAGUGCCUCGGAGUCGUUCUGUUGCCAUAGGAAGAAUCGAUGAAGACGAACCUUGUGAUUUUGGUGAGGAUGUGAUGGUGAAGACAGAUGUUUAUCCCAGAGCAAGAAGUAGAAGCUAUGCUGUUUCUUCUAGACAGAGUCCAAACAAUAAAAUCUAAAGAAGAAAAAAACAUGGCAGGCCGCAGGCUUUGAUAUACAGCGCUUAUUCUUACGCUUUUCUUUCUCCAGCUUCCGGUUAUCGACUGUUUCUUGGAUUGUAUAGUUGUUAUUCCUCUUCCAAAGUUGUCAUUUUUGUUGUUGCGUAUACAUGUUCAAAGUUGUCAUUUUUGUUGUUGCGUAUGUUAAAAAAAUAAUAUUUUUAAUAUCUCAAAAAGAAUAUUC